CCCGUCAUUGACUAUGAGCAGAUUGACCAGGAUGCCCGGGAGCUGUAUGAUGCUGGCGUGAAGAGGAAGGGAACUGAUGUGCCCAAGUGGAUCAACAUCCUGACAGAGCGCAGUGUGUGCCUCCUGCAGAAAGUGCUUGAAAGGUACAAGAGCUCCAGUCCUUAUGACAUGCUGGAGCGCGUCAAGAAGGAAGUCAAAGGAGACUUGGAAAAGGCUUUCCUGAACCUGGUCCAGUGUAUCCAGAACAAGCCCCUGUACUUUGCUGACCGACUGUCUGACUCCAUGAAGGGCAAGGGAACUCACGAUAAGAUUCUGAUUAGGAUCAUGGUCUCCCGCAGUGAAGUGGACAUGUUGAAAAUUAGAUCUGAAUUCAAGAGAAAGUAUGGCAGGUCCCUGUACCACUUUCAAUAG